AUGAAGAGCAGACUGUGUCUGGCCUCGGCUGCCCUCCUGGCACUGCUGCUGUCCUCCUCCCAGGCCCAGGAUCCAGUCGACCCGCCGACAGAUUUGAGGUUUAAGAUUUUAAAUGAGAACACGGUGCAAAUGAUCUGGAGCAAACCCCUGUCCAGGAUACAGGGCUACAGAAUACAAGUGACCUCAGACACAGAUGAACCAACAAAAGAAUUUACUCUGCCUGCAUCUGCGACUAAGAGCUCCAUCUCAGACCUGACACCAGAUGUGGAUUAUGUCGUAACGAUAUCUUCGUACGCCGGAUCAGAGGAGAGUCGGCCCGUCUCCGGCCAGCUCACCCUCGAGUCAAGUGCCGACACGAGAGGAACUUCCAGGAAACCAGAGUCUACAGAUUCAGUCAAAUGCUCUUCCAGCACCAUCGCCGACGUGGUGUUCCUGGUGGACGGCUCCUGGAGCGUCGGCCGGCCGAACUUCAAACACAUCCGCAACUUCAUCUCGGCGGCGGCCGGCGCCUUUCAGAUCGGAGCGGACCAGACCCGGGUGGGCGUGGUCCAGUACAGCGGCGACGCCCGGACAGAGUUCACCCUCAAGCGACAUUUGACCCGACCGGAGCUGCUCCGAGCCGUCGGCUCGCUGCCGUACAAAGGAGGAGACACCAAGACAGGCGAUGCCCUGGACUUCAUCCUGAGGAACGGCUUCACCGAGGAGGCCGGGGCCAGGAAGGACUUCCCCAAAGUGCUGCUGAUCGUCACGGACGGCAAAUCUGAGGACCCGGUGGAGAGUUACGCCAAGCGGCUCCGGAGCGGCGGGGUGGAGAUCUUUGUCCUCGGCAUCCAGCAGGCGGAUGAAGAGGAGAUGAAGCUGAUGGCCUCCACGCCUCACAGAGGUCACGUCUUCAACGUCGCCAACUUCAACCAGAUCAGGAAUGUGCAGAAGGAGCUCAUCACUCAGGUGUGCGCUGGCGUCGACGAUCAACUCUCCACGUACGUCAGCGGAGAAGAAGUCCUUGAGCCAGCCUCCAACCUCCGGGCCCUGGAGGUGGGCUCAAAGUCCAUGCGGUUGACCUGGGACGCCUCUAUGGGAGAGUACUCCAGAUACAAGGUGAAGAUGAUCCCCAUGAUGGCCGGCAGCAAGCAGCAGGAGCUUUACGUUGGCCCGACCCAGACCACGGUGGUGGUCAAAUCCCUUUCUCCAGACACGGAGUACCAGAUCAGCCUGUUCGCCCUGAGGGGCCUGACGUCCAGCGAGCCCGUCGCCAUCAUGCAGAAGACGGUUAAAGUAUCAAUGGAGUGCUCUCUUGGCGUGGACGUCCAAGCCGACGUCGUCCUCCUGGUUGACGGUUCCUACAGCAUCGGUCUGGCUAACUUCGCUAAAGUGAGAGCUUUCCUGGAGGUGCUGGUGACCACCUUCGACAUUGGGCGAGAUAAGGUCCAGAUCAGCUUGGUCCAGUACAGCAGGGACCCCCACACAGAGUUCUAUCUGAACACUCACCACGACCUGAACGCCAUGGUCAAGGCCGUGAGGACGUUCCCGUACCGCGGCGGCUCCACCAACACCGGCAGGGCCAUGAACUACGUGAGAGAGAAGAUCUUCCAGGCCGCCAGAGGGGCGCGCCCCAACGUUCCCCGCGUCAACAUCCUCCUCACCGAUGGGAAGUCGUCCGACGCCUUCCAGGAGCCGGCCACCAAGCUGAGGAGCGCCGACGUGGAGAUCUUCGCCGUGGGCGUUAAGGACGCUGUGCGGACGGAGCUGGAGGCCAUCGCCAACGAGCCCGCUGACACCCACGUGUACACCGUGGAGGACUUCGAUGCCUUCCAGAGGAUUUCCAAAGAACUCACGCAGUCCAUCUGUCUGAGGAUCGAGCAGGAACUCAGCAUCAUCAAACAGAGACGCCUGACCCAACCGAGGGACCUGACCUUCUCAGAGGUCGGCACCAGGAGCUUCCGGGCCGCCUGGGAGAUCGACUCUGCCGACGUCGAGUCCUACCUGCUUCAGUUCAAGCCGGCGAACGAAGAGGACGGCCACUACGUGUCCAUGUCCGUGCCCGGGGCCACGCUCAACACUGUCCUGCCCCACCUCGCCCCGCUCACCCGCUACGAGGUCAACGUCCAUGCUCAGUACGACAAAGGGGACAGCUUGCCCGUGACCGGCUACCAGACCACGUCAGAAGAGCUGGGCUCCGUGUCCUCCCUGAGGGUCUCCGAGGAGACCACGGGUAGCUUCAGGGUGUCGUGGCAGCCGGCUCCGGGAGACGUCACUCGCUACCGGUUGACCUACGAACCCACGGGGGACGAGAGCUCGAGGCUGGAGGCGACCACCGUCGGCCCCGAGACCACGACCGUGCUGCAGGAGCUGCAGCCCAGAACCACCUACCGAGUCACCGUCACGCCCGAAUACAGGUCCGGUUCCGGAGCGCCGCUGCAGACGGACGGCACCACCAAAGAAGCCAAGGGUUCCCCUCGCGACCUGAGGGUUUUCGACGAGUCCGUGUCCUCCAUGAAGGUCUCCUGGGAGCCGGCACCGGGGAAGGUGCUCCAGUACCGCGUGGCAUACAAACCCUCCGCCGGCGGCCCCGGGAAGGAAGUGACGGUGAAGGGCGACAGCAGGACCACCCUCCUCAAGAACCUGCAGCCGGGAACCCAAUACGACAUCUCCGUCAGCGCGCAGUACCCCUCCGGCCCGGGUGACGCCCUGGAGGGGCGGGGCUCCACUCUAGAAGAGGCGGGGCCACCCGAGAACCUGGUCACCGGCGGCGCGACCGACUCCAGCUUCGCGGCGUCCUGGACGGCGGCACCCGGCGACGUGAAGGCAUACCGAGUCCGAUGGCGGUCGCUGGCCUCGGGGGAGACCGGGGAGAAGACGGUGCCGGGGGACGUGACCCACGCCGUGCUGGACGGCCUGAGCCCGGAGACCCUGUAUCAGGUCUCUGUGGUCGCCGCCUACGACCAGAGGGACAGCGAGCCGCUCACGGGACACGAAACCACCGACGCCUCUGCUGUCGGUAAGAAGUUGACCGUGUCGCACGAGACCGAGCGGACCAUGAGGGUCUCGUGGACGCCGCCGCCAGGCAAAGUGUCCCACUACCGGCUGAAGUACUCUCCCAUUGGCGGAGGGAAAGAAGUGACCCUCAAGAUCUCCGGGACGGCCACCUCCACCCUCAUGAGGCGCCUGCAGCCCACCACCACCUACAACAUCACCCUCAUCCCCAUCGACAAGCGCGGGGAAGGAAAAGCAAGGCAAGGAGUAGGAACGACACUGUCGCCCUUCAAGGCUCCCAGGAACCUCCUGACCUCUGAGCCCACCCAGAACAGUUUCAGGGUCUCCUGGGAUCCGGCACCCGGCGAGGUGCGGGGCUACAAAGUGACCUUCAGCCCCGUCGGGGACGGCAUCGACCUGGGGGAGCUCCUGCUCGGGCCCUACGACAACACCGUCGUUCUGGAGGAACUCAGGGCGGAGACAAAGUACGCGGUGGCCGUGUUCGGCGUGUUUGACGGAGGGGAGAGUUUGCCUCUGGCAGGAGAGGAGAAGACGACCCUCAACGGCGCCCCCGAGCCGCCUUCCGUGGACCCCUUUGGCCCUCAGUGUAAGACCUUGGCGAAGGCCGACCUCGUGCUGCUGGUCGACGGCUCCUGGAGCAUCGGACGCAUCAACUUCAAAACCAUCCGCAACUUCAUCGCCCGCAUGGUCAGCGUGUUCAACAUCAGCCCCGAGCGAGUGCAGAUUGGUCUGGCUCAGUACAGUGGAGACCCAAAGACCGAGUGGCACCUGAACGCCCACCCGACCAGGGAGUCUCUGCUGGACGCCAUCGCCAACCUGCCGUACAAAGGAGGCAACACUAUGACAGGAAUGGCUCUGAACUACAUCCUUCAGAACAACUUCAAAACCAACGUGGGGAUGCGACCCCAAGCUCGCAAAAUCGGCAUCCUGGUCACUGACGGGAAGUCUCAGGACGAAAUCAUCUCCACCUCGCAGAUGCUGAGAGACAACAACAUCGAGCUCUACGCCAUCGGUGUGAAGAACGCCGACGAGAACGAGCUGAGGUCCAUCGCCUCCGACCCCGACGAAAUCCACAUGUACAACGUGAAGGACUUCAAGUUCCUGAUGGACAUCGUGGACGAUCUCACCGUCAACCUGUGCAACAGCGUCAAAGGCCCAGAAGAGCUGAAGGCUCCCACCGACCUGGUGACCUCGGAGGUGACCCACCGCUCCUUCCGGGCCACCUGGACGGCGCCCGGCAGCCCAGUCGACGAGUACCGCGUCACCUACGUGAUGGCGGCCGGGGGACCCACCCAGGAGCUGCUGGUCGACGGCUCUGUGAACUCGGCGGUGCUGGAGGGCCUGAACCCUCUGACCGAGUACGUGGUCAACGUUUACUCCGUGGUCGCCGAGGAGAGCAGCGAGCCUCUGAAGGGCACCGAGACCACCUUGCCGCUGUCAGCAGUGACGAAUAUGAACGUUUUCGACGAGACCUCCAGCAGCAUGAGGGUGAGCUGGGACCCGGCGGACGGAGCCACCGGCUACAUGCUGCUCUACAGGUCCACCAACGCCACCGAGCCUCAGCUGGACAACGAGGUCCGCGUUGAGGGGAACAUCACGGACGUCAAGCUGGUGCAGCUGAUCCCCAACACUCAGUACUCCAUCUCUGUGUACGCGCUCCACGGAGAAGCUGCCAGCGACCCUCUGGAGGGGAGAGGAGUCACCUUGCCUGUCCUGCCUGCCGGGGUCCUGAGGAUCUCCGACGUCACUCACAGCAGCAUGAGGCUCAACUGGGACGCCGCUCCCGGAGCCGUCCGCAAGUACAUGAUCACCUACAGGCCGGACGACGGGGACCUGAAGGAGGUGAGGUCACGCUGUGGGGUCACCUCCAUGUACACCACACAGGGUGAGGUGGGCGGCGACGUCACCUCCGUGGACCUGUCCAGCCUGAUCUCCCAGACCGAGUACGACGUGGCCGUCACGCCCGUCUACGACGAGGGGCCCGUGGCGCCGCUGCUCGGGACCGCCAUCACAGACGUUGUUCCGGCUCCCAAGGACCUGCAGUUCUCCGAGGUGACCCAGACCUCGUUCCGGGCCACCUGGCGGCAUGGGGCCCCGGACGUGGCCCUUUACCGCAUCGGCUGGAACAAGAAGGGGUCGGAGGACACAGAGUCCGCCAUCAUGAGCAGCGACGAGACCUCCCACGUCCUGCAGAACCUGGACCCCGACACCGAAUACUCCGUCACCGUCACGGCCAUCUACCCCGACGAGUCGGAGAGCGAGGACCUGAUGGGAAGCGAGCGCACGCUGCUGAAGGCUCCAGACGUGCCGGCUCAGCCUCCUCGGAACUUGAGGGUGUUCAACGCCACCACGACCACGCUGGCGGUGAAGUGGGACUCCGCCCCCGGCGACGUCCACAACUACAAGAUCUCCUACACGCCCGUCGCCGGAGGCGAGCCGCUCACGCAGACGCAGGUCGGGGGGAAGAAGACCAGCGCGGUGCUGCAGAAGCUGGAGCCCGACACCCGGUACUCGGUGUCCGUGGCCGCCGUGUACCCGGCCGGCGUCAGCAGAGACAUCAGCGGCGAAGGACAGACCAAGCCGCUGGGUAUUGUGAGGAACCUGCAGGUCACCGAUCCCACCACCAGCUCUCUGAACGUGCGCUGGGAGCCGGCGGAGGGCAACGUCCGCCAGUAUCGCCUCUUCUACGUCCCUGCAGCCGGAGGCGCCGAGGACAUGGAGCAGGUUUCAGGCGGCACCACCAACACCCUCCUGAGGAACCUGCUGUCGGACACUCCCUACACUGUGACCGUGGUCCCAGUUUACCCAGAGGGAGAAGGUCAGCGCCAGUCCGACCACGGAAAGACACUCCCACGCACGCCACCGAGGAACGUCCAGGUGUACAACCCCAGCCCCAACAGCCUGAACGUGCGCUGGGAGCCGGCCUCGGGGCAGGUGCAGCAGUACCGGGUGGCGUACUCGUCUCUGAGCGGAGCGAGCCCCACUGAGUCGAUCCUGGUUCCAGGAAAUGUUCACAACGCCUUCCUGGACAACCUGAUCCCAGACAACCCCUAUUCGGUCAGCGUCUCGGCUCUGUACGCCGAUGGAGAGGCCCCGCCGGUCAAGGACAGCGGCAAGACGCUGCCGCGUGCCGGCCCCAGGAACAUGCGUGUGUUCGAUGCCACCACCAGCACCCUCACCAUCGGCUGGGACUACGCAGAGGGGCCCGUGAGGCAGUACAGGAUCACCUACGCCCCCCUGACCGGAGACCCCAUCACCCAGUUCACUGUGGUUCCAGGAAACAGAAACAACGCCAUGCUGCAGAACCUGCUCCCCAACACCCCGUACAACAUCACGGUGGAGGCCGUCUACGCCGAGGGUCCUGGGGGCUCCCUCAAUGGAAACGGGCGUACAGUGGGGAUGCUGAGUCCCAGGAACCUCCGUGUCUCAGAUGAGUGGUACACCAGGUUCAGGGUGGCCUGGGACCCGGUGGCAGCUCCGGUCCAGGGAUACAGACUGGUCUACGCUCCUGCAGGCACAAACCAGCCCAUGGACUUCUUCGUGGGCGACGUGACCUCCUACACGCUGCACAACCUGCUGCCCGGAACCACCUACGACCUCAAAGUGGUGGCUCAGUACGUCGGCGGCAUGAGCGGGCCGCUGGCCGGGGAAGGAACCACACUGUACCUGAACGUGACCAACAUCGAGUCGUACGGCGCCGACCACGACAAGUUCUGCAUCAAGUGGACUUCUCACAGGGCGGCCACGUCCUACCGCAUCAAGCUCCUCCCCCUGGACCGUGAUAAGGGACCGCAUGAGAUCACCAUCCCCGCUGGUCUUCCUCAGUACUGCUUCGACGGGCUCUCUCCGGACGCCCUGUACAAAGCCACCGUCUUCGUUCAGACCCCCAACCUGGAGGGUCCGGGGGUCAGCGCCAGAGAGAGGACGCUGGUGAAGCCAACUCCGGCUCCGACGCUCCCGCCGACCCCGUCCCCGCCCCCCACCGUCCCCCCGGCGUGGGCAAUCUGCAAAGGAGCCAAAGCCGACGUGGUGUUCCUCAUCGACGGCUCCUGGAGCAUCGGAGAGGAGAGCUUCACCAAAGUCGUGCACUUCGUAUCCGGCAUGAUCGCCGCCUUCGACGUGGUCGGACCCUCAGGGAUGCAGGUGUCGUUUGUGCAGUACAGCGACGAGGCGAAGACGGAGUUCCGGCUGAACGCGUAUCAGGACAAAGGCGUCGCCAUGUCUGCCUGCCAUCAGAUCCGCUACCGGGGAGGAAACACCAAGACAGGAGUGGCGCUGAAGCACACCUACGAGAAGGCCUUUUCCCCGGAGAACGGCAUGAGGAGGAACGUCCCCAAAGUGGUGGUCACCAUCACCGACGGGCGCUCUCAGGACGAGGUGAAGACGAAGGCCGCCAAGCUGCAGCACGCAGGCUACAGCGUCUUCUCCAUCGGCGUGGCCGACGUGGACUUCGUGGAGCUGCAGGAGAUCGGCAGCAAACCCAGCGACAGGCACGUCUUCGUGGUGGACGACUUCGACGCUUUCGACACCAUCAAAGAAAACCUGAUCACCUUCAUCUGUGAGACCGCCACGUCGUCGUGUCCCCUGAUCUACCUGAACGGAUUCACCUCGCCAGGCUUCCGGAUGCUGGAGGCCUUCAACCUGACGGAGAAGACCUACGGUUACGUAAAGGGCGUCUCCAUGGAGCCGGGCUCCUUCAACAGCUAUCCGGCCUACAGACUCCACAAGGACGCCUUCCUCACCCAGCCGACCACAGAGCUCCAUCCCGAUGGUCUUCCUCACUCCUUCACCAUCAUCCUGAUGAUCCGCCUGCUGCCCGACUCGCCCGCUGAGGCCUUCGACAUCUGGCAGGUGUCCAACAAAGACCACCAGCCGGAGACCGGCGUCACCCUGGACCCCUCCAGCCAAACGGUGUCCUUCUACAACAAAGACGUGCGCGGUGAGAUCCAGAGGGUCACGUUCGACAACGAGCGGGUGAAGAGGAUCUUCCACGGGAGCUUCCACAAGCUCCACAUCCUGGUCUCACCCACCGCCGUCAAACUCAACAUCGACUGCGAGGAGGCGGCCGAGGAGGAGAUCAAGGAGGCCGGAGGAACGUCCAGCGACGGCUACCAGGUCCUGGGCAAGAUGUCCAAGUCCAUCGGCUCCACAGGAGAAUCAGCUACUUUCCAGCUCCAGAUGUUCGACAUUGUGUGCAGUUUGGGCUGGACCAGCCGGGACAGAUGUUGUGACCUCCCCUCUAUGAGAGAUGAUCUGAAGUGUCCGGCUCUUCCAAACUCCUGCAGCUGUACGUCGGUGGGCAGUGGGCUCUCCGGGCCUCAGGGGCCGGUGGGUGCCCCCGGCAGCAAAGGUCCCCGAGGUGAAAGAGGAGAGCCCGGCUCCGUUGGGCCGCUGGGCCCGCGAGGAGGCAACGGACCACCGGGGCCCAUGGGUCUGCCCGGCCCCCAAGGACCCAGCGGCCUGUCGAUUCCAGGAGAAGCUGGUCGGCCCGGACCAAAGGGAGAGUCCGGUGGUUCGGGUUUACCAGGACAGAAGGGUUCUCCGGGUCCUCGCGGUUCUGCCGGCCCCAUCGGAGCAGCCGGAGUGCGGGGCCCUCAAGGAAAGGACGGAUCGUCGGGACCCAGAGGCCCCACGGGGCCCAUGGGACCUCCAGGAUCUCCUGGAGUACCGGGCGGUGCAGGGAAGACCGGGAACCCCGGAGACUCCGGCACCCCUGGCGGUCUCGGUCCAAAGGGGGACAAGGGGGAGAGGGGUGAUUUCGCCCCUCAGAACAUGAUGCGCUCCAUCGCCCGCCAGGUGUGCGAGCAGCUGGUCAGCGCUCAAAUGUCUCGCGUGGACACGCUGCUGAACCAGAUCCCCAACGGCGUGCAGCGCAGCAACAGCCCGGGGCCGCCGGGGCUCCCGGGGGCCACCGGCAGGCAGGGACCCCGCGGAGAGCCCGGCGCCGCGGGAAGGAACGGCUUCCCAGGAGGUCCGGGUUCACCGGGCCAGCUGGGAGAGAGAGGUCUCGCAGGAGAGAAAGGGGAGCGAGGAUCGUCGGUAGUCGGGCAGAAAGGACCGAGAGGAGCUGCUGGCCCACCAGGUCCACCAGGAGAAAGCAGAACCGGACCAACGGGCCCUUCAGGCGCCGCCGGACCCCGCGGCCCCCCCGGACGUCCCGGAUACGCCGGAGUCCGCGGGCCCCCCGGCCCCUCCGGGUACUGUGACUCCUCCCAGUGCGUCGGCAUUCCCUACAACGGGCAGGGAUACGGAGGUACGUAG